AAGCAGCAGCAGAGCAGAUUACCUGAGGGUAACUACGAGGCGAUAUCACACCACCCCCCCCCCCCCCCCAAACCAACCCCAAAAACCCACCCCCCGGAAAUUAAGGGAAAAAUGGGGGUUGAAAAUCCCCCCCCAAAAAACAACCGGAAUGGUCUAUUUGCUGAUGCUGCUGCUCCGGCGCCGGUGAUACUGGGUCUACAGCCUUCAGCCCUGGUUGACCACGUGGCGCGAGUUGAUUGGUCCCUCCUCUCCCGGAUUCCCGGGGAGGCCGGUGGCUCCUUCCCUGUUGCAUUCGACGAACUAAAGUCCAUAUUGACCGAGGUCAACGCACACAAUGUAGCUUCUCCGGAUAAUUCAUCCCCGUUGAAGACGAUAGCAGGUGGGAGUGUUGCAAACACAAUUAGAGGUCUCUCGGCUGGUUUCGGAAUCACUUGUGGGAUAAUUGGGGCGUGUGGCAACGAUGAUCAAGGAAGCUUGUUUGUUGACAAUAUGAGCUCCUAUAAAAUUGAUCUCUCGAGAUUGAGGCUGAAAAACGGGCAUACGGGACAGUGCGUUUGCUUAGUUGAUGAAUUGGGAAAUCGUACAAUGCGUCCGUGUCUCUCUAGUGCCGUAAAAGUUCAGGCAAAUGAUUUGACUUCAGCUGAUUUGAGAGGUUCGAAGUGGCUAGUGGUGAGAUAUGCAAUAUUUAACAUAGAAGUAAUUCAAGCAGCCAUUAAGAUUGCCAAGCAAGAAGGCGUUCGUGUUUCGCUCGAUCUUGCCAGUUUCGAGAUGGUGCGGAAGUUCAGGUCGCAACUUUUACAGUUACUAGAAUCGGGGAGCAUUGACCUUUGUUUGGCCAAUGAGGAUGAAGCUGCAGAACUCGUGAGUGGGGAAGAAAAUGCGGAUGCGGGGUCCGCUCUUGAAUUCCUGUCGAAGCACUGCCAGUGGGCAGUGGUCACAUUAGGCUCGAAGGGAUGCAUUGCGAAACACGGAAAAGAGGUUGUUCGAAUUCCAGCAAUUGGGGAGGCGAAGGCAGUUGAUGCAACUGGUGCAGGUGACCUAUUUGCGAGCGGGUUUUUAUACGGACUUGUGAAGGGACUAUCUUUGGAGGAGUGCUGCAAAAUCGGUUCUUGCAGCGGUGGUUCUGUGAUACGGUCACUCGGCGGUGAGGUAACUCCCGAUAACUGGCAGUGGAUGUAUAAGCAGCUGCAGACUAAAGGACUACCCAUCCCCGAGUCGAACAAUUUCUACCAAAGUUAAAACGGAUUAGUGCUGAUUUUCGACUGUCGUUACGGAGUUGCAUUUUAGGGGCACUGGUUUUUUUAAUAAUGCCUUGCAACCAGUCAUUUCUUUUUUAACCUACCUUUGCAGACAAUUGUUGUUGAGAAUUGAUUUUUCAAUUUAUUCAAAUUACCAUUUAUAUCAAGCAUUCUCAAUGUUAU